AUGUUAAGACUAUUAAUAAUUUUCUUCAUAAUUAGUUUUAGUCAUCCUAUUCAAGCAAUAAAUAAAGAUGAUUUACUCGUUGUUGCUGUUGUUACAAAUCAAAAUGAUGGUUAUCAUCGUUUUAUUCGAUCAUUAAAUAUCUAUGGUUAUAAAUAUGAGAUUUAUGGUCUUGAUCAAGUCGUGACAAAUGCUGAACAAAAAAUGAAGAUUCUUCGAGAAAAUCUUGUUCGUUAUAAAGAUGAUAAAACAAAAAUAAUUCUCUAUACUGAUGGUUAUAAUGUAAUAUUAACUCAAGGACCAGAUUUUAUACUUAAUAAAUUUGAAACAUUGAAACCAGCUCGAAUUGUAUUUGGUGCUGAAGAUAUUUGUUGGCCUGAUCAAAAUUUACAAAAUGAUUAUCCAAUGGUUGCAAGUAAUGAAAAACGUUUUUUAAAUUCUGGUGGUUUUAUGGGUUAUGCUUCGAAUAUUUAUGAAAUGAUUACAAGUGAAAAUGAAAUUAAUGACGAACAAUUAUUUUUUACAAAAAUUUUUCUUGAUAAAACUCUUCGAAAUAAAUGGUCAAUUAUACUUGAUAAACGUGCUGAUAUUUUUAUGAAUUUAAAUGAUGCUAUUAAUGAACUUGAAUUACCAACUAAUGGAGAUGAAGUUUAUGUACAUAAUACUAGGACAGAUUCAAUUCCAACGGUUAUUCAUGGCAAUAGUCGUGCUAAAAAAAGUUUAAAUUAUUUAAGUAAUUAUAUUGCUCGUACUUGGUCAUCAAGUGAUGGAUGUUUACAAUGUAAAGAAAAUGUAUUUGAUGUAACACAAAUUGAUGAUCUUAAGCAAUGGCCUAUGGUUUAUAUCGCUUUAUUUAUUGAAUAUCCAACACCAUUUCUUCGAGAAUAUUUUGAAAAAAUAAUAAAAAUUACUUAUCCAAAACAACGUUUGGGUAUUUUAAUUCAUAAUCAAGUUGAGUAUCAUAAAAAUAUUACGGAGCAAUAUUUAAAAAAAUUCAAACAAGAUGAAUAUAAAUUCGUCAAAUAUUUGAAUGUCGUUGAUGAUAUAACCGAAGGUGAAGCACGAGAACAAGCAAUUCGUGAAUGUCAAAAUGAUAAAUGUGAUUAUUUAUUUAUUCUUGAUUCAAUAGCUCAUAUUGACCAGCCAGAUACAUUAAUUCAAUUAAUAAACUUUAAUCGAACUGUUAUUGCACCAAUGCUUUUACAACCUGGACAAACUUGGAGUAAUUUUUGGGGAGAUUAUUCUGAUCAAGGAUUUUAUCAACGAUCACCUGAUUAUAUGGAUAUUAUCAAUUACAAAAAAAUGGGUCUUUUCAAUGUUCCACAUGUUGCAAAUGUUUAUUUAAUCAAUGGAUCAUUUCUUCAACGUUUUACACCGAAAUAUAUUGAUUCUCAAAUAGAUCCAGAUAUAAAAUUUUGUCAAUCAUUACGAGAUGCUGGACAUUUUAUGUAUGUAAAUAAUGAACUAAAUUAUGGACAUUUAAUUGAUGCAGAUAAUUUUAAUAUUUCAUUAACUAAACCUGAAUUAUAUGAAAUAUUUAAUAAUGUUAAAGAUUGGAAAGCUCGUUAUCUUCAUCCAGAUUAUUAUAAAACUCUUGAACCAAAUGUAACACUUGAACAACCAUGUCCUGAUGUAUAUUGGUUUCCAUUUGUAACUAAAGAAUUUACUGAAGAUUUAAUUAAUCUAGUGGAAACAUAUAAUCAAUGGUCAGGAUCAUCACAUAAUGACGCUCGAUUAGCUGGUGGUUAUGAAAAUGUUCCAACAGAUGAUAUUCAUAUGACACAAGUCGGUUUACAAGAACAUUGGUUAUAUAUUCUUCGAGAUAUUGUUCAACCAAUGCAACAAAAAGUUUUUACUGGUUAUUAUAGUGAUCCACCAAAAGCUACACUUAGUUUUGUUGUUCGUUAUAUGCCUGAUCGUCAAAAUAAGUUACGACCACAUCAUGAUGCAUCAACUUAUACAGUUAAUCUUGCAUUGAAUGAUGUUGGAAAAGAUUUCGAAGGUGGUGGUUGUCGAUUUGCUCGAUAUAAUUGUUCUGUAGUAUCAACACGUCGUGGUUGGGGAUUAUUACAACCGGGUCGUUUAACACAUUUACAUGAAGAUUUACCAAUAACGAAAGGAAUAAGAUAUAUUAUGGUUUCAUUUGUUGAUCCAUAA